AUGGUCGACAUCCUCCCCCUCUCUUCUUUUCCUUCAUACAUCAACCUGCUCCCCUCGGUGCAAACCUGCAACAUCACCAACCUGCCCGAAAACUACUUUCUCAAGUACUACCUGUACCACGCGCUCACAUGGCCGCAACUCAGCUUCGUCGCCGUAGUACGACCCAAGGGUGGUUACGGCAAUGGACGGGGCUAUGACCAUUCUUAUCCCAAGGUUGUCGGGUAUGUGCUGGCCAAGAUGGAAGAAGAGCCCUCGGAUGGGAUGGCGCAUGGGCAUAUUACGAGUUUGAGUGUGAUGCGCACGCAUCGCCGGUUGGGGAUUGCAGAGAGGUUGAUGCGGAUGAGCCAACGCGCAAUGGCCGAGUCCCAUCGCGCGCACUACGUCUCCCUGCACGUGCGUGUCUCCAACAACGCUGCGCUGCGCCUGUACCGCGACACGCUGGGCUUCGAGGUUGAAAAAAUCGAGAGCAAAUACUAUGCGGAUGGCGAGGAUGCGUAUGCCAUGCAUCUCGAUCUCAAGUCUAUGUGGCUGGACUGGACUGAAGUAGACAAAGAAGAUGCUGCUGCUGCUGCCGCGGCUGCUGCCGAGGAAAAGAAGGAUGGGGAUGAUGAGCAUGCAGAUGAGGGCGAACCCGUGGGCGAUCUUGGAAAGAAUGGUGAAGACAAGGAGAAGGAGAAGAUGGUUCGCGUCAAGGUCGGUAGGGGACUGGGUGUAGGUGAUUUGGUGGAGAGGAAUGAAUCUGCGGCGAGAUAG